AUGUCUUCAUCCAUUCCCUCCAGCCCUCUCCUCCGUCUCCCCAAAGAACUGCGCUACGACAUCUACGACCAUCUCUGCAGCCAGGAACCCAAUCAUAAUCAUACUGCGCAAACACAAGAGCGACUAAUCACCUACAUCGACCGAAGCGCACCAACCGAGCUAUCUGUGACAUGUCGCUUUCUCUGCGAUGAGAUCCGCGCCUACUUCUAUUCGAAAGCCACCUUGGGUUUCUACCCACUUGCCAGCUCGUGCAUUUUCGACCGCCCGAUCGAACCGACCGCCCUCCGCGCCAUCCAGAACGCAAGCAGGAUCUGCAUUUGUGUAUUUUGGAAUGACCAAUCAAAUGGAGUUCCGUAUAGCAUGAACGGGUGGCUUGCGGAUCUAGUCGACUUGCUCCUGAGAGAGGCGAAGAUGUUGGAAUUCAUCACGCUACGUGUAUACAACGACAUGCCGCUUGCGGUGGGUUGGGAGCUGAAGGAGUGGAUGUUGAAACCGUUGGAGAGGACGGCUGGGAAGUUCAGGUGGGGGUUGUAUCUUGUUUGGGCUAGGGAGAAAGAGGAGGUUGAGUUGAGGGAACGGCUUACUGUGUUCUUGAAAGAGCUUAAUGGGGGUGUGGCGCCGGUUGUGGAGCAGAAGCCAGCGCUGGACCUUGAGAUGGAUAGCUGCUGCGUGUUAUGA